UUUCCUGUUUAACUUAUUCAUACCAUUUCAAUUUUUGUUACCAGUCUUCCAUUGCAAGUGGAUUCGGUCAAAAUUCCAUAUUAACCCCAAAAGAAAAGUAAAGAAUCACAAUGCGUGAAUUUAAGGUUGUUGUUCUGGGCUCGGGUGGUGUAGGCAAGUCGGCACUCACGGUACAGUUUGUAUCGGGAUGCUUCAUGGAGAAAUAUGAUCCCACAAUCGAAGAUUUCUACAGAAAAGAAAUCGAGGUGGACAGCAGUCCGUGCGUGCUCGAAAUCCUCGACACGGCAGGCACGGAGCAGUUCGCCUCCAUGCGGGACCUGUACAUCAGGAACGGCCAAGGCUUCGUCGUCGUCUACUCACUCACUAACCAACAAACUUUCCAGGAUAUCAAAGCAAUGAAGGAACAAAUUACCAGGGUCAAGGGCACCGACCGAGUUCCUCUUCUUCUAGUCGCUAAUAAGGUUGACCUGGACCACCAGCGGGAGGUGCCUGCUGUAGACGGCAUGAACUUGUCCCGGCACUGGAACUGUCCCUUCAUCGAAGCCUCCGCCAAGAACAGAUUGGGAGUCAACGAAAUGUUCGCAGAGAUCGUCCGAGAAAUGAACGUCAACCCCAGUAAAAAAGAAGCCAAUUAUUGUUGCUGCGUCUUGCUCUAGCGGUGGCAGAAUUUUUAGCUCCUAGUUCUUGUGUAAUUUGCGUUCGCUGUGUGUAAGUCCGACACUGUUAAUUGCAUUGGCUUUGAAUGCGUCGAGGAAUGAACUCUUGUCUUCUGACUACUCAUGCCUAAAUCCGCGGAAAGGAAAUUGUUAGGCACUUCUUGGUACCCUAUAGGUUACUUUUUUAUCUGCAGUGGUGCGAUUCAAUAAUUUAGGCUUCAUGUAUGCUGUCGAUGACACUGAAAGUAAAAAUAAAAUAAAUGAAGUGAAAAGUAAUUGAAAAAUUGAGUGCAUAAAGGUUAAAGAGUAAUUAACUACGUGUGCGAUUUUAGUGGCAUGCAAUUGUAUUAAUUUAAUCAUUUAGGUCUUUCGUUGUCGUACCAAACUCUGGCGCGUUUAUUGAAACUCGAGCGGUACAUUGCAUGAGAUGUUGUAUUUCUAGAGCGCUGGCCACGUCUUAUGCAAUGAUGAGCAAUUGAGUCACAUUGUGAUGCAGGCAGUUACAGUGGCUGUAGACUUGGCUCAUUGUGAUGCAGGCAGUUACAGUGGCUGUGGUCUUGGGGCUGGAUGCAGAAUUGAGAAAGCUCAGAUUGCCUCAAAUUAUUUAUAAUCUUCUAAAAUUGGUAUACCAAGGUUGUCAAAAAACUGCACGUGCUUUAUAGCUUUCAGAACUAACCAUCCAAUUCCCCUUUUACUUGAAACUUGGUCCCCUACACGGUCAAUGAUUGUAGAAGUUCAUUUAGUUGUCUAGGAUUGUGCUGGCUGAUACAGCGCAUAUUUCAUGAUGGAUCGUUAAUCUUUACCAUUACACGAUGCAUUUACGUGUGUAGAAGAUUGCUUCUUGUACACUUAUAUGGUAUACAUAGUGCGUAUUGUAUCUAGUGACUAACAUGUACAUAUCUUUGUUCACUUGCAGUUUACAGGACUCCUCUAAACUGAGCUUGGGAGAGUAACCAUUUUUGUAUUUGUAUCACGCGAGGAGUGUAAGAGAAGAUGAAGGAUGUUGAUAUCCUUGUGGCUACUUAAAAGGUCAAUAGCGUUACAAGUUCAUCUAAUUAACUUCAAAUCAGGAAAAUUCCUGACACGAUAACAUUAAAGCAUUACGCCGAGCUUAUGCUACAGAUCAUGCUAAUAUUGGCUUUGUACAGUCAAGACUAGCGGUCUGUUUGACUCCCGGUAUCGCCUUGAGCAACGUGAAAAUGCCAUUUUUCAGAUUCGAAAGCUUCACAUUUUCAUUCUCAAACUUGCUUUUUCAAUUCAUUUUGUCAUCAAUUUUGUGCUCUUGUAUUAAUAUGAAUUUUGCUUGUAUGUUUCUUUGUUUGUGGCAA